UCCCGGCUCCGCCCCGGGUGAGAGGUCGGCGGGCGGAGCAGCGCUGAUGGCGAUGAUGGCCGCCGGGACGGGCAAGCCCCGGCGGCGGCGCGCAGGAAAUAAGCAUUCAGCUGCUCAGAAAAAUGAAGAUGCUGCUCAAAGGAAAGCAGCUCUGGAGGCUGCACUGAGACACAAGAUUGAAUGUGAGAAAAAAGCAUUGUCUAUUGUUGAGCAGCUCCUGGAAGAGGACAUUACUGAAGAGUUCCUUCUAAAUUGUGGAAAAUGUAUUACUCCAUCUCACUAUAAAGAUGUUGUUGAUGAGCGAUCUAUCAUCAAACUGUGUGGUUAUCCUCUAUGUCACAAUAAGCUGGAAAAUGUGCCAAAGCAGAAGUACAGAAUCUCAACAAAAACGAACAGAGUUUAUGAUAUCACUGAAAGAAAGUGCUUUUGCAGCAACUUUUGCUAUAGAGCAUCUAAAUAUUUUGAAGCUCAAAUUUCCAAAAGUCCAGUGUGGAUGAGAGAAGAGGAAAAACCACCCGACAUAGAGCUGCUGAAGGAGGGAUGGAGUGGACAGUCUGGAGAAGAGGUGAAACUGCGUGAUGAAGUAAUUAAAGCAUCUGACAUUGAAAAUCCUAGGAUAUCUUCAGAUCCAUGUGAAUCUCGUUCUCAUGACACAGCCAGUGACAGCAGUACUGAUACUGAACAAGAAUUUAUUUCCUCUGUCCUACCAGGAAGUCAGUCAAGUUCAGCCAAUUUUGCACAGCAAUUGAACAGAAAAAGCAUCCUCAAAAAGAAGCCUGCUCAGAAAGUCCAUGCCAGCCCUAAAACUGAAGAUGCAGAUGUGGCAGAGGCCACUGAACAACUCUCUCAUUGUAAAUUAGACACUCAGGAAGAAAGACACGCUUGCUCUGUUCAUAAUGAAGUAACUGCACCACCUUCAGACAAUACUGCUCCUGGGAAAUCAAGUGCUUCAGAAAUCUUUGAAAAUACGUAUGGAUCACAGAUAGUUUUUCUAGGUGUGAGCAAAAGAGGAGCAGAACAUCUUAAAAGAACAUUAGCUAAGUCAACAGAACAUAAAAACCCUGAACUGAGGCAUCCAGUUAAUUCCAAAGGCAGUUUACUAGAAGUACUUAGGCAAACACUUAUGGAGUGGAGAACUGAGGAAACUUUAAAAUUUCUCUAUGGCCCAAACUAUACUUCUUUGUACUCAUCAGAGUGCAUAGCAUCUGUCAGCCAGGAGACUGAAGAACUUGAUGAGGAUGACUUAGAUACACCUGAUGAUCUCAGCACUGUUGCUGCAGGGGAGUCUGAAAACAGUCUGAACUACUCUUUGCCUUUCACAGGCUCAAGUGGAAUAGUUAAGCCUGUGCCUAGUUAUGAAAAGCUAAAAGAAGAAACAGAGCUCCUAGAACUCCGGGUAAAAGAGUUCUAUAAAGGAAGGUACGUCUUGGCUGAGGAGGCAGCGACACAAGCACAGGAAGGGGAGCAUCCCAGCAAAGACAGAGAUGAUCAGCAGGAAGAUCUCACCUUCCCACUUGUUGAUUCAAAUGCACAAAUGCAGAUUAGGAAGCGAAUUGUCCUUGAAAAACUGAGAAAAGCAUUAUCUGCAGUUUUGGGCCCUCUUCAGAUUGCUUCAGGUGAUGUUUACACAGAGCUAAAAAAUCUUGUCAAAACUUUCCGGUUAACAAACAGAAAUAUUAUUCACAAAAUGCCUGAAUGGACUCUCAUUGCUAUUGUUUUGUUGUCUGUAUUGUCAGAAACAACUCCACUUUUCAAGAAUACUCAGACAAGCCCAAUGUACACACAGUUCCUGACCACAUUACUGGAAGAACUGCAUUUCAAAAAUGAAGAUCUGGAAAGUUUAACAAGAAUAUUUAGAAUGGACUGACAACUUGAAUGGUCAGUCAACUUCAAGAUACUUUGUGUGUCUUAAAACCAAGCUGGUUAACCACAGGUUUAAUGUUCAGCAUUUUGUAAGUAUGUACAGUAACUACAGAUUGUAUCAGCUGGAGCAGAAAAUGUGUGAAGCACAUUUUAAAGUAAAGAAAUAUGUUUGGUAUGGAAAUGAGUGUCAUCAUUUUGUCACUUACAAUAAAAUGUAAAUAAUUUCCAGUAAAUGCCAGCUGCUUACUUGUCACACUUAUCUUUUGAUAAUGUAUGGUUGGUUUACUGCAAUUUUGAGGAAUUUUUACUACCACAGUUUAUUAAAAAAAAAAAUUCUGUGUGGCUACAAUGGCUAAGACUCAGCAGGUUUUUUUUAUUAUUACAAUGGAAUUGUUAUGUUCCAUUUUGUGAUAUGAAAUUAAGAGCUGCGUAUUUUUUGCAUGAUGUUGAGAUUACAUUCUCCAUUCCAGGUAGGCCAAAAAAUUUAAGAGCAAAUACCUUAUGUUGAUCAUACUGAACUGAUUUAAUGAAUAUAGAUUAUGAUAUCAUUACUGAUCUCACUCCUUUGUUCCCCACUGAAUAACAUGAUCAUCUUAGCAUCUCCUGCUACCUGAAAUAGUUGCACAGAGAACAAAAGAACACCUUCAGUUGUUUGAACUUUUUAAAAUGAAAAAUGAAAUUUAGUAUGAAUUGUAGUACUUGCAUUUCUGCUUUUUCAUUUCCUUCCUAUGGGUAAGAAUUUUGCAGUCUUGCGAAGAAGCUGACUAACCACAGUUGUUCAAGGUAUGAAGACAAGUUAAAAUAUGGAUCAUCUAAAAAGUGCUUAAAAGCAGUAGAAAGGAAUUUGGAUUGGUUUGGUCUUUCUUGGUUUGGGAACUUUCAGUCAAAUUUUGUCUACAGGCAUCAGGGAAAGAGGGGGGAAAGCAUGUGAGCCUCCGAUGGUAAGAGCAGUGCUGCUGACAUUUUUCCAGUUGCCCUCGUGCAUGGAGCAGGAACCUUUAGGAAUGAUGACUACAGUACACAAAUAUGUCUGAUCCAUAGCCUGUUUGUCUUGCUACUUCUAAGAAAAGGGGUGAUCUUUGAACUUGUGUAAAAGUUCUUUUUAAACAGACUCUAGUUGUUACUA